UAGACUCUGGAGUGGCGUGAUGAUGCGUAUUAAAUCCUAAAAGUAACAAAUGUUUGUGUUUCACCUUCUCCGAUUGGUCGACGCCGGUCUCCAGGGUCGAUGAAUACCGGACUUUUUGAGUUCUCGAACGUUUUCUACGUCUCUUGCACUCAGCAGCACCCAGCGCUCAUGGUCUAGCGAUGCUGCCAAUGUCAUGUUUCACGCGGGCUCUUCGUGAAGCGGCGCCGGCUUUGUCGAAGCGCUUCUUCGACUGUAGCGGUCGACGACAUGGCUCCGCACUGCAACGAGCACUGGAUGCGAACUUGAGUACCAGCAAUCGUGCAACAUCGACAAUCCAUAGCCGAACCUUUCAUGCGGGCUCUUUCACGUCGAUACAGCGACGGCAGGCUUUCAGCCCCAUUCAGUCCAAGAUCCUGAACCGAAGCACACAAGCCUCUACUCAGCACCAAACACCUCGCGCAUUUUCCGCAUCCGCACGGACGAGAGCCACGCAAGUUGUAGAGGAGAGUGUAUUUUCAGACUCCGAGAACAGCUCAAGAGAUGGUACGAAAGAUGAAGGUCAACACAAGAGGUCGUGGUUCCCAGAGACAUCAUCGAAGGCCGUGGCGUACUGGCUACUCGGCAGCGCCACAAGCGUGUUUGGCAUUGUAGUCUUUGGAGGUCUCACAAGACUCACGGAGUCAGGUCUGAGUAUAACGGAAUGGAAACCAGUCACCGGCUCUUUACCUCCCAUGUCCCAAGCCGACUGGGAGUCCGAGUUCGCCAAAUACCGCGACAGCCCGGAAUUCCACCUGCUCAACUCGCGCAUGACGCUCGAGGAGUUCAAGUCGAUAUACUGGAUGGAAUGGAUCCACCGGCUCUGGGGCCGCUUCAUCGGCCUCAGCUUCGUUUUGCCUGCUGUAUACUUCGUCACACGGAAACAAGUCUCGCGGCCCAUGGCGUGGAGGCUGCUCGGCAUUGCUGGGUUGAUCGGCUUCCAGGGCUUUAUAGGUUGGUGGAUGGUCAAGUCGGGAUUGAAGGACGACUUGUUCGCGCCGGGGUCGCACCCGCGCGUCUCGCAGUACAGAUUGACCGCGCACUUGGGUGCCGCGUUCAUCUGCUACCUCGCCAUGCUGUGGAAUGGAUUGGACAUCUUGCGCACCAACGAGAUUGUUACUACGCCCGGAGCAGCUGAUGGGAUCUUGAAGACGUUGAAGAACCCGGCUUUGAGGCCGUUUAAGCGCUCUGUGGCGAUGCUCGCGGGUUUGGUGUUUAUCACGGCCAUGUCGGGCGGUCUUGUGGCCGGGUUGGAUGCAGGCUUGAUUUACAAUGAGUUUCCUUUCAUGGGUCUGGGCUUGACGCCGCCGAAGAGUGAGCUGUUCGACAAAUUCUACUCGCGCGAUCCAGAGGGAAAGGACCUGUGGUGGCGCAACAUGCUCGAGAAUCCGAGCACGGUGCAGCUCGACCAUCGGAUCUUGGCUACCACGACGUUCACAGCUGUCAUGGCAUUGUUCGCGUUUUCUCGCACCGGCGCCAUGAAGAAUGUGCUUCCGCGUGCCGCACAGAAGGGCGUGCACGGCGUUGUUGGCUUCGUCUGGCUGCAGGUUAUUUUGGGCAUCUCGACACUCUUAUACCUUGUGCCCACGGGCUUGGCGAGCGCGCAUCAAGCUGGCAGUCUGGCCCUAUUGACCUGGACUGUCGUCCUGGGAAGUCGGGUAUGGUUCCCCUCACAGGCGGCGAAGAUAUUAGCGCGCAGGGCGCAGGCGCAUCUUGCGGCUGGUGGUAGCGUCGGUCAACGUGCGCAGGUUGGCCAUACGAUACCGUCCACCGUCGGUGCUGGUACUGGUACUGUUCUGGCAGCGAGUGUUAUGCCCGCAGUGGUUGCGAUAGGGUUGAUGCUCGGUGCAAACGCGGAGGGAGGACUGCAUGCACAGUUGCGAGCAAGAAACGAGGACACUGUACAGAGGAUAAUAGAUAGAUCGCGCCACGCACAGUGAAAUGUAUAAACAGCAUUAGAUGGAAUACAUCUCAAUUCACGACACCCGAGAGUAACAAGGAUCAUCUGCGCCUGUGAAAAUUCUUGCGCUCAAUCAGUGUCUAUCAAUCGUCUACACAUUGAGGACUUGCUUAUCAGCAAGAGUCGGAUACUCCACAUCGAUUCUUACCACCCGUCAAGUCGGUGCUCUUCGACAUGUGCUAGGCAAGGCGUAAGAUACAGUGCCAUGUACCGAUUGU